UUAAGAAAGAUUUAUAAAAAAAGGGAAUGUAUAACGGUGCACGUUGGCCAGGCGGGCGUCCAAAUUGGCAACUCGACUUGGGAGUUGUAUUGCUUAGAGCAUGGUAUCGAACGUGAUGGAUCAAUGUCACAAGCAACGAUGGAGAAAUGUUCGGACAACUGUUUUACUACGUUUUUUAGCGAAUGCGGAAACGGAAGAAUUGUGCCCAGAAGUGUAAUGGUCGACUUAGAACCCACUGUUGUAGACGAAGUGCGUAGUGGCGAAUAUCGCAAUCUCUACCACCCGGAUCAGUUGAUAACCGGCAAAGAGGACGCCGCAAACAACUACGCCCGAGGUCACUACUCCAUUGGGGGCGACAUCAUAGACACCGUGAUGGAUCGAAUACGCAAGCUGACCGAUCUAUGCUCCGGCCUCCAAGGUUUCUUCAUCUUCCAUUCCUUCGGAGGGGGCACUGGCUCAGGAUUCUCUUCCUUGUUGAUGCAACGUGUCAGCGACGAGUACGUAAAAAAAUGUAAACUCGAAUUCGCGGUCUAUCCGGCUCCAAAGGUCUGCACAGCAGUUGUUGAACCUUACAAUGCGAUUUUGACUACGCAUCGCACUUUGAGCUACACUGACGUCGAGUUCAUGGUGGACAACGAAGCGAUUUACGAUAUUUGUAAGAAUAGAUUGAAUAUAGAACGUCCUACGUAUGCCAACUUAAAUAGAUUGAUAAGCCAAGUUGUGUCUUCGGUCACCGCCAGUCUGCGGUUUGAUGGAGCCUUAAAUGUUGACUUAGCAGAAUUCCAAACCAAUUUAGUACCCUACCCACGUAUACAUUUUCCUUUAGCUUCGUACUCGCCCUUAGUCUCUGCUGAUAAAGCCUACCAUGAAGGUAUGACUGUUGCCGAAAUUACAGCAGAAUUAUUUGACCCGUCCAACCAGAUGGUCAAGUGCGAAACACGCUUAGGUAAAUAUAUGGCAUGUUGCAUGUUGUACAGAGGUGAUGUUGUCCCCAAAGAUGUAAACGCAGCAAUUGCUCUGAUCAAGGAAAAGAAAUCCAUAAGAUUUGUAGACUGGUGUCCUACUGGAUUCAAAGUAGGCAUAAAUUACCAACCACCGACUGCUGUUCCAGGAGGCGAUUUGGCUAAAGUGCAAAGGGCGGUCUCGAUGUUGUCUAAUACCACUGCUAUCCAAGAUGCGUGGGUUCGUUUGGACCAUAAAUUCGAUUUAAUGUAUUCCAAAAAAGCUUUCGUGCACUGGUAUAUUAGUGAGGGCAUGGAUGAGUCUGAAUUUAUAGAAGCAAGGGAAGAUCUGGCGGCUCUGGAACGUGAUUAUGAAGAAGUAUCAAAUGAUACAUUAGAUGAAAUGAGUGUAGAGUUAGAGCUUCACAACAGGGCUUCAACAUGUGAAGACUUUUAG